AUGGCUGAUUCCGAGUUGGAAGAGAUCCGGAGAGCCCGUCUCGCGCAGCUGCAACAACAAGGCGGCGGCGGCGGUCGUGGCGGGGCCGGAGGCGACGAAGGCCAGGAUGAGAGGAGACAAGCAGAAACUGAAAGACGCGCUGCCAUCCUCACCCAGAUUCUCGACCCGGCUGCCGCUGAUCGCCUGGGACGAAUCCGCCUCGUCAAGGAAUCCCGCGCCACCGAUAUCGAGAACCGUCUCAUCAUGCUAGCCCAGACGGGCCAGUUGCGCCAAAAGGUGACCGAAGACCAGCUCAAGGACCUGUUGAACGCCGUUGCCGAAAACACUCGCAAAGAAGAAGAGGAACAAAAGAUCGUUUUCAAUCGGCGGAAAGCCGGGUGGGACGAUGAUGACGACCUGUUGGAUUUGUAG